GCCAGUGAGAAAUAAUGAAUGUGAAAGUGAUAGAGUAAAGGUGCACGGAUUCAGUACAAAACGAAAUAUGUUGGCAAACAUCCAUCAUUAUCUCAACUUAAGGAAAAUUUCCAAAGUUUGGUUCCGCCCUCUCCGGUCCCUCCUCCGUUGUUCAUGUGAUUCAGGGAUGUUUUCUGUUUUCAAAUGACAUGUGCGCUCCCUCUUAAAGCCAGCAGACACUCCCGCUUCACCACAAACCUGCCAAGAGACAGACCUGAACAGAACUUUACUCAGGACACAAUGAAGUUCUUCGACUCAAACGAGAACCCAGUUCCUGGGACAGAUAUGCAGCAUAUUUGCAGCUCACAUUGCCUCGGCCCUCUGGCCUUCCACAAUCAGGCCGUGGGAGAAAAAAUCCAGCUGAGCCAGGGAUGUCGACUCGCUAAGAGGGCUGGAAACACGUUCAGGAAUGGCAUGGUGUUCAGCAACCGUCCUGUGGGGAUCCGGGAGAGGAUUUGUCUGAGAGUGCUGGAGAAUGUGCAUAAAUGGGAAGGUGCCCUGCGUGUUGGCUUCACCAGCCUACCGCCCACCGACAGAAAUCUGCCGGUGCCCAGCAUGGCCAUCCCUGACCUCACCAAACGCCCCGGCCACUGGGCCGCUCCUCUGCCUGAAUCCUACUGUCAAGCAGGUUCAGAACUGGAGUUCUGGGUCUCUGCUGGUGGCAGUUUACGUUUCUCAGAUAAGAACAACAGGGAGCACAAACUGUUAACUGGACUGGACCUCAGCAAGCCACUUUGGUUCAUGAUAGAUAUCUAUGGGCAGGCCAGCUCCAUAUUCCUCUUGGGUUCACAGAAAAAGGGGAAACUUUGCACACAAAAAUCCUGCCCUGCACCUGGACCUGAAUCUCUCACCAUACCUGAUAAUGGCUAUGACCACAGCUGGAAUCCUGAUGUUUCAAGUCUUAGUGGACAUAGUGAAGACAGCAUUUCCAGCCUUAUCAUCAACAUCCCACCAGGGGAAAGCUGUGUGGCGUGCUUGACGAAAGAGGCCACAGUCACACUGCCUUGUGCACACAAGUGCCUGUGUCAUCACUGCUUCCCCAAAGUCUUGCAGGAGUUCGGUACCUGCCCGCUGUGUCGAACGGAGAUCAAAGCUUCCUCAGCGGUGGAGCAGCGUAUCUCUGUCUGAGCUCUAAAACUUUGAGGCAGAAAGCAGCAAGCGUAAACUGCUGAGUGACUGAAAAUGCUGUGAAUAGCAAUUGAAUGUACAAUUGAAUGUAUUUCGAUACACUAACUAAAUAAUCAGGGAUUUCUGCUGCCACUGUGUCCCUGACUGAAGAACUGUGAAACCUGGAAGCUGUUUCCUGAUGUGUAAAUACUGUACAAGAUGUGUAACAUAAAAUCUAUUGAGAUGUGGAUGUUAAGAUACUAAGCUUGAAAAUGUACCAACUGUGAUUGUAGAAAUGUUGAAAGACUGCACUUUUAAAGUAAAUAUUCCAUGUACAUAUUAUAUUUUCACUUGUUGCAAUCAGGUUAAUAAACAAUGAUGUUUAUACACUUUUAUACUGACAGUAAUUGUAACCAAACAGAAUAUUUUGUGUGCAUAUGUUCAUUUUUGUGAAAGUGAAUUAAACAGUAAUGUUAUAAUUUCAUUAACUGUGGUUACAAAAAUAAA